GCCGGAGGAGCAGCUCGAGCGAGGGGGCCCGGGAGAACCACGGCAGCCGAGGCCCGGAUCCCACUCGCACGGCAGCGCACAGGGUGCCCGGCGCACAGUCGCGAUGCUGCCCGCUUUGGCACUGGUCCUGCUGGCCGCCUGGACGGCUUGGGCGCUGGAGGUGCCCACUGAUAGCAAUGCCGGCCUGCUUGCAGAGCCCCAGGUGGCCAUGUUUUGUGGCAAGCUGAACAUGCACAUGAACGUACAGAAUGGCAAGUGGGAGCCUGAUCCCUCGGGGACCAAAACCUGCAUUGGCACCAAGGAGGGCAUCCUACAGUACUGCCAAGAAGUCUACCCUGAACUGCAGAUCACCAACGUGGUGGAAGCCAACCAACCCGUGACCAUCCAGAACUGGUGCAAGAGGGGACGCAAACAAUGCAAGACCCAUGCCCACAUUGUGAUCCCCUACCGCUGUCUGGUUGGCGAGUUUGUAAGCGAUGCCCUUCUCGUUCCUGACAAGUGCAAAUUCUUACACCAGGAGAGGAUGGAUGUUUGUGAAACCCACCUUCACUGGCACGCUGUCGCCAAAGAGACCUGUAGUAAGAAGAGUACCAACUUGCAUGACUUUGGCAUGUUGCUGCCCUGUGGAAUCGACAAGUUCCGAGGGGUGGAGUUUGUGUGUUGUCCACUGGCAGAGGAGACGGACAAUAUUGACUCAGCAGAUGCAGAAGAGGAUGACUCGGAUGUCUGGUGGGGUGGAGCCGAUACAGACUACACAGAUGGCAGCGAUGACAAAGUAGUGGAAGUAGCCGAGGAAGAAGAAGUGGCUGAUGUUGAGGAAGAAGAAGCCGAAGAUGAUGAGGAUGAUGAGGAAGGGGAUGAGGUGGAGGAAGAAGCUGAGGAACCCUACGAAGAGGCCACCGAAAGAACCACCAGCAUCGCCACCACCACCACCACCACCACAGAGUCUGUGGAAGAGGUGGUCCGAGAGGUGUGCUCCGAACAAGCCGAGACGGGGCCAUGCCGAGCAAUGAUCUCCCGCUGGUACUUUGAUGUGACUGAAGGGAAGUGCGCCCCCUUCUUUUACGGCGGAUGUGGCGGCAACCGAAACAACUUUGACACAGAGGAGUACUGCCUGGCCGUGUGUGGCAGCGUCAUUCCCACCACCGCAGCCAGCACCCCUGACGCUGUUGAUAAGUAUCUUGAAACACCUGGAGAUGAGAAUGAACACGCCCAUUUCCAGAAAGCCAAAGAGAGGCUGGAAGCCAAGCACCGUGAGAGAAUGUCCCAGGUCAUGAGAGAAUGGGAGGAAGCAGAACGUCAAGCCAAGAACUUGCCAAAAGCUGAUAAGAAAGCAGUUAUCCAGCACUUCCAGGAGAAAGUGGAAUCUCUGGAGCAGGAAGCCGCCAAUGAGAGACAGCAGUUGGUGGAGACACACAUGGCCAGAGUGGAAGCCAUGCUCAAUGACCGCCGCCGACAGGCUCUGGAGAACUACAUCACUGCCCUGCAGGCCGUGCCACCUCGGCCACGUCAUGUGUUCAACAUGCUAAAGAAAUAUGUCCGUGCUGAGCAGAAAGACCGGCAGCAUACCCUGAAGCAUUUUGAGCAUGUCCGCAUGGUGGACCCCAAGAAAGCCGCUCAGAUUCGCUCCCAGGUGAUGACUCACCUCCGUGUGAUUUACGAACGCAUGAACCAGUCUCUGUCUCUGCUCUACAAUGUACCAGCAGUGGCCGAGGAGAUUCAGGAUGAAGUUGAUGAGCUGCUUCAGAAAGAGCAAAAUUACUCGGAUGACGUCUUGGCCAACAUGAUCAGUGAACCAAGAAUCAGCUACGGAAAUGAUGCACUUAUGCCGUCUUUGACUGAGACGAAAACCACUGUGGAGCUUCUUCCGGUCAAUGGAGAGUUUAGCCUGGACGACCUCCAGCCAUGGCAUCCAUUUGGGGUCGACUCCGUGCCAGCCAAUACAGAAAAUGAAGUUGAGCCUGUUGACGCCCGCCCUGCUGCCGACCGAGGACUGACCACUCGACCAGGUUCGGGAUUGACAAAUAUCAAGACAGAAGAGAUCUCGGAAGUGAAAAUGGAUGCUGAGUUCCGACACGACGCAGGAUAUGAAGUUCAUCAUCAGAAGCUGGUAUUCUUUGCAGAAGAUGUGGGUUCAAACAAAGGUGCCAUCAUUGGACUCAUGGUGGGCGGUGUUGUCAUAGCAACAGUGAUUGUAAUCACCUUGGUGAUGCUGAAGAAGAAACAAUACACAUCCAUCCAUCACGGCGUGGUGGAGGUCGACGCCGCCGUGACCCCCGAGGAGCGUCAUCUCUCCAAGAUGCAGCAGAACGGCUACGAAAACCCAACUUACAAAUUCUUCGAGCAGAUGCAGAACUAGACCAGCGCCACAGCAGCCUCCGAAGUUGGACAGCAAAACCAUUGCUUCACAAACCAUGGUGUUCGUUUCUCGAAUAAGGGGGAAAGAAACAACCCCUUCUGUUUCCUUAUUUGCUCAUUAGAUCGCCUUUUGACAGCUGUGCUGUAACACAAGUAGAUGCCUGAACCCGAAUUAAUCUACAAAUCAGUAAUGUAUCCUCUCUCUCCUCUCUCUCUCUCUCUCUCUCUCUCUCUCUCUCUCUCUCUCUCUCUCUCUCUCUCUCUCAACAUUUUGGUCUCUACACUAUAUUAUUAAUGGGUUUUUGUGUACUGUAAAGAAUUUAGCUAUAUCAAACUAGUGCAUGAAUAGAUGCUCUCCUGAUUAUUUAUCAUGUAGCCCCCUUUAGCCAGUUGUAUAUUAUUCUUGUGGUUUGUGAACCAACUAAGUCCUACUUGAAAUAUGCUUUAAGAAUCGAUGGGGGAACGCUUCGUGUGAACGUGGGAAUUUAGCUGCUUCUCUUGCCUAAGUAUUCUUUUCCUGAUCACUAUGCAUUUUAAACAUUUUUUAAGUAUCCCAAAUGAUUUAAAGAGGUUUUUUUCCCCCGAUUGCAUUUUACUGUACAGAUGGCUGCUUCUGCUAUAUUUGUGAUAUAGAAAUUACAAGGAUAUACAUUUAUUUCCUUUGUGCCUGUUUAUGUGCACAGAUUAGGCAUUGAGAAUCAAAACUAAUUUUUUUUGGUUUGUUUUGGUCCAUGUAUCUUUGGAUCUUUGAUAAAGAAAAGAAUCCCUGUUCAUUGUUAGCACUUUUACUGGUGGGGGUGGGGGGGUUGGUUGCCCUGCUGGUCUCAAAUUACUAAGAAUUCUCCCCCAAAAA